CAGCUGACAAGGAGGAACUACAAUAUGUGGACGUGAAGCACCUGACUAAAACAUUAUUAUUAUGAAUAUAAGCAGUGCGUGGAUUAACCGGUUCUUAUCCGGGAUGCAGUUGGCUAGGCAAUAAAUGAGCGGAACGUCACAACAAGGAAACCAGAGCACGUACAACAAGGAAAAUACAGCACGUACUGUACAUGAAUGAAACCUUGUAAAAUAAUGGGUAUUUCUGUGGGCGUGGAUUCCCCAGAAGUGUCAGGGAUAGGCGUACAAAUGCUGCAGAGGUUCUGCCCUGUUCCUACCAGAGAAUUCUGUGCGCACCGGGUGCACCUCAUUCUAGUGGCAGCCGAACGUCUGGCCCUGUACUGGUGUGUUGGGCAGUGACAGCCUGGAACGUAACUGGGAACACAAACAGGACAGAAGAGCCAGCAAGGAGCAAGUGGGAGGGAAGUCGGACAGGUAACAAGGGUGAGCUGCUCUGGAAGAAAGUGAUCCAAAAUGGCACCUGUGCAUACUGCUAAGAAAACAGAAAAUGAUCAAGCCACAUCAAAUCUUGUCCACGUUGAUAAUCCACACCUAGAAAAAAUGAAAGAAGACAUUUUGUACCAUUUUGACAUUGGAACUGGGACUCAUGAUUUUCCUGCUAUGUUUGGCGAUGUGAAGUUUGUCUGUGUUGGAGGAAGCCCAUCCAGGAUGAAAGCAUUUGCACAGUACAUAAAUGGAGAGUUGGCAUUGGGUGACCCCAACUCUGAUGUUGCCAAUAUCUGUGCAGGAACUGAUCGCUAUGCAAUGUAUAAAGUUGGACCUGUCUUAUCUAUCAGUCAUGGCAUGGGAAUUCCAUCAAUAUCUAUUAUGCUCCAUGAAUUGAUAAAGCUGCUGUAUCAUUCCAAAUGCACCAACGUCACGAUUAUUCGCAUUGGCACUUCUGGUGGUAUAGGUUUGGAACCUGGUUCUGUGGUAAUAACAAGUCAGUCUGUGGAUGCUUCAUUUAGACCUCAGUUUGAACAGAUAAUCCUUGGAAAAACUGUAGUUCGGAACACAGAGUUGGAUUCUGAGCUUGCCCGAGAAUUCUUUCAGUGUAGCAAAGAGAUCAACAAGUUCAACACAGUCAUUGGAAAUACAAUGUGCACCUUGGAUUUUUAUGAAGGUCAAGCUCGCCUUGAUGGAGCAUUUUGUUCAUAUACCGAGGAAGAAAAAAUGCAGUACUUGAAAGCAGCAUAUGAUGCAGGAGUAAGAAAUAUUGAAAUGGAGUCUUCUGUGUUUGCAGCGAUGUGCAAUAUAAGUGGACUGAAAGCUGCCGUAGUAUGUGUUACACUUUUGAACCGUCUGGAAGGCGACCAGAUCAGUAGCUCACAUGAAGUGCUUGUGGAUUAUCAACAAAGGCCUCAAAAACUUGUUGGUUUUUUCAUCAAGAAACAUCUGAACAAAGCUUGAACCUGGAAUGAAGAUCAAAAGUUCUGUGUUACUUGCAGACUAGUAAAUUUGUGUUAUUGUUCAUUCUGCUCUGUGAAAGUCCUGUCUGUUUAAAUUUUAGGAAUUGAUAUCUUAUAUAAUUUAUAGGUCCCCCUGCUAAAGACUGUAAAACCUACAGCACCUGAAAUCAAGCACCUGCAGAUUACCGUAAAUUUUACGUUUCUGCUUUCUUUAUUAACCUGUGUACCUAUCAAUAUGCAAUUUACAUAGCAGCCAGCUUAGCUGGGGGCAAAAUGGUAAAAAUAUGUAUAUAAUAUAACAUACAUUUAAAUUAAAAUAAUAUUUUUGCCUUACUUUUUUGUUUUAAAAGACCAAUACACAUGUACUCUAUGUCAUUAAUGUGAGCAUUCUGAAGUUUUUACAAUUACAAGUGAGGCACAUAUUUUGUUAAACUACAAUAACAUUUUAGUGGCAUACUUAUCAAAUUUCAUAUUUGUUUUAUGUAGACUUUAGAGUUUUCCUCUAGGUCAGUAUUUUUUUACUUUUAAAAAAACAUUUCACAAAAAGUAAAAAAAAAAAAAAGUGGCUCAGUUUAAUGCUUCCCCACUUUUACCACACCAAAAAAGUUUUGAAAAUAAUUCUAUUCUAUGUUUUUUUUUUUUCACUAAUGAGAAUGUGGCACCAGGGCAUUUGUUUGAACUUUGACAAACCUGCGUAGGGGUUGAUAGUAUAAACUAAAUGGGCCGGAGUUAAAAUACAUUUUGAUUUAUUCUUUAGAGUGAUAUUUUUUUGUUAUUUUUAAAAAAUAUUUUGUUUUAAUUUUUUAUAAAAGUUCUAAAUUGUUAUUUAAUUUUUGAGUGGUGCUGAUUUGAAGUUUGAACAGAGAGAACAGGUUAAUUACUCAUUACACUAUUUAGUUAGGUAAGAAUCUGUGAGUACAUGUAAGGGGAGUGACUGUAUAUAGUAUGUGUGGGGGAUUUUGCAAUGUAUGUUUUCUACACUUACCUUACUCAGGACAUAUUUAAAAAACAGGAUGUGAGACUGCAAAUACCAAAAACGUGGGGAAUAAAUAUUUUUCUUAAUGUUGCCAAAAAUACACAAACACAUUGUGUUGCAUAAUUUAUAUUAUAUAUAUAUUAUCAAAUAUAACAAUAAAGACGUGUGUGUUACAUUAA